ACCUUCCAAUUUGCAGCCAUGGAGAAAAAGUUUUAUUACAUUUUUGCAUAUGCAGUCCUCACCAUAAUAACCUUCCCAAUGCCUCCUUGUGCAAUGAGCCUUGCCACUGAUCAAGCUGCCCUUCUUGCCUUAAAAAUGCGCAUAACCUCAGACCCUUUCCGUAUGCUUGCAACAAAUUGGAGCAAUAACUCGAGCUCCGUCUGCAGCUGGAUUGGCGUCACUUGCAGUUUGCCACACCAAAGAGUAACAGCCUUGAAUCUCUCUUUCAUGAAUCUCGUCGGCACCAUUCCACCUCAACUCGGGCGACUCUCCUUCCUCGUCACCCUCGACCUCACCAGCAAUCUUUUCAGUGGAAUUCUGCCUUAUGAGCUGUCUCUCCUUCGCCGUUUGGAGUUCAUAUCGCUUGCACUCAACAACUUCACCGGAGCCUUCCCUCCAGUCUUAAGUCAGUUAUCAAAAUUGGAGUACUUGGUCUUAGACAAUAACAGUUUCACAGGUUCCAUCCCAAAAUCCAUCUCAAACCUUACAAACCUACAAGUUCUUUCCUUAUAUGCCAAUUCUCUAAGUGGAGAAAUUCCAGAAGAGUUGGGGAGACUUGGUAGUCUACAAGAUUUGGAGGUUGAAUACAAUGGUCUUUCCGGUGGUAUACCAUCAGCCAUAUUUAACAUAUCCACCCUUCAAUAUAUAGCAUUCACGUACAACGAAUUGAGUGGAAGUCUUCCACCAGACAUGUGCAGUAAUCUUCCAUUUCUUGCUGGGAUAUUUCUUACCGGAAACGAAUUGAGUGGUGAGAUUCCGAAAAAUCUGUCUCAAUGCUCACGACUUGCGACUUUGUCGCUCUCUUUCAACUCCUUUAGUGGGCAGAUACCUCCAGAAAUCGGCUACUUAACAUCUCUUCAGAAUUUAGCUCUCGGUACUAAUAAUUUAAACGGUAUACUACCAAAGGAGAUUGGCAAUCUUCAAAGUCUGAUUGCUUUUGGUGUUGAGAAAAAUCAGAUUGGAGGCUCGAUUGAUUUCAAAAUGUUCAUGAAUAUGUCUUCUCUACAAACCUUGCAACUAUGGCACAAUAAAUUCACUGGGAACAUUUCAAGUGAUAUCGGGAAUCUUACAAUGCUUAUAUAUUUAGAUCUUGCGUACAACAAUUUAAUAGGUGUUAUACCGAGAGAAAUUGACCAACGUCUUUACCACCUGAAGAAACUUAGAUUAGAAUCGAAUAUGUUAAGUGGUUCAAUUCCACCUAACAUUUUUAACAUCUCAACUCUUAUAGUAUUUGCACUUGGAGGGAAUAGGCUGUCAGGUGCUCUUCCAACCGAUUUGUGCAACAACUUUUCUUCUAUUGAGAUGUUUUACCUUGGGAUUAAUCACUUGAGUGGACGAAUACCCGAAUUCAUUUCCAACUGCUCUCAACUUAGAGAGCUCGAGCUCAGCUAUAACCAAUUUAAUGGCAUUGUACCUCACUCUCUUGGAAGCUUAACAUUCCUUGAAAGACUAAAUCUCGAAAGCAACAGUCUAACCGUUGGAUCAUCAACUUCUGAAGUGAGCUUCAUUACUUCUUUAACAUAUUGCAGGGCGUUGUAUUAUUUGAGCUUUGGUGCUAAUCCUCUUGAUAUCACUCUUCCAUCUUCUAUUGGGAACUUAUCCUCCCAACUCCAAACAUUCUCUGCAUACGACUGCAAAUUAAAAGGAAGAAUCCCUCCUGAGAUCGGCAACUUAGACAACUUAGUAAACCUUGAUUUGAGUAACAAUGACAUGUCUGGUAAUAUUCCUAUUACAGUAAAGCAUUUGAGAAAGCUCCAAGGUUUGUAUCUAGGAAAUAACAACAUGAGAGGCUUCAUUCCAGAUGAUCUGUGUGAUUUACACAGUCUGUCUCAAUUGAGUUUGAGUGAGAAUCAACUAUCGGGUCCAAUUCCAAAAUGUUUAGGAAAUGCCACAGCCUUGAGACAGCUUUCUCUGGGCUCUAAUAUGUUGACUUCAACCAUACCAUCAAGCUUGUGGCUCCUAAAUGAUUUGUUGAUUCUAGACUUAUCUGAGAACUCAUUAAGCGGAUUCUUACCUUUGGAUGUUGGUAAUUUGGUAGCAGUGAUCUACAUAAAUCUAUCGAGAAAUGAAUUGUCUAUGUCUAUUCCAAGCACGAUUGGUAAUUUGCAGAAUUUGGUUAAUCUAUCUUUAGCACAUAAUAGAUUUGAAGGUUCCAUCCCAAUGUCCAUGGAUAAUAUGAUCAACUUGGUCACUCUUGACUUAUCCUACAAUAACCUCUCUGGUUCAGUGCCAAAAUCUUUGCAGGCACUUCAAUACCUCAUCUACUUUAAUGUUUCUUUCAACGCUCUAAGUGGAGAAAUUCCAAGUGGUGGUCCUUUUGUGAACUUCACAAUGGAGUCAUUUAAAGGUAAUGAAGCACUAUGUGGAAUUCCAAGGUUCCAUGUCCCACCUUGUCACAUUGCCAAUAAACACAGGUCACAAAGGAUGAAAGUGGAAUUAGCUUUGUUCAUUAUUGUUGGAAUUGUGGCCUUUACCACAAUUUGUUGUUUGGGAUUUAUUUUCCUCUUAUAUAAAAGGAAAUAUAAAGCAAUUAGUGAAACUGAGGGAAUUCCUUUUGUUGUGCCUGAAAGAAUCUCAUAUUAUGAACUCUCACGAGCAACUCAACAAUUCAAUGAGAGCAACUUACUAGGCAUGGGAAGUUUUGGUUCUGUUUAUAAAGGAAUUCUUAUAGACGGUAAGGUUAUUGUUGUAAAGGUGUUUAAAUUGCAAUCUGAAGCUGCAUUUAGGAGCUUUGAUGUUGAAUGUGAAGUUCUACGUAAUAUUCGUCACAGAAAUCUGACAAAAGUCAUAAGUAGUUGUUCCAAUGAAGAAUUCAAAGCUUUGGUAGUUGAAUACAUGCCCAAGGGAAACCUUGAAAAAUGGUUGUAUUCACAUAAUUAUUUCUUGGAUUUCAUACAAAGGUUGAACAUAAUGAUUGAUGUAGCGACGGCAUUGGAGUAUCUUCAUCAUUGCUAUUCCACUCCAAUUGUUCAUUGUGACUUGAAGCCUAGUAAUAUCUUGUUAGAUGAAGAAAUGGUUGCUCAUGUGAGCGAUUUUGGUAUAUCCAAACUAUUGGGUAAUGGGGAAAGUAUUGUUCUAACAAACACUCUAGCGACAUUGGGUUAUAUUGCUCCAGAGUAUGGUUUUGAAGGACUAGUCUCCAUAAAGUGCGAUGUUUAUAGCUAUGGUGUGAUGUUGAUGGAAACCUUUACAAGGAAAAGACCAAAUGAUGAUAUGUUUGCUGGAGAUAUAAGCUUGAAGGUUUGGAUUGAAGGGUCAAUCCCACAAAGCACAUAUCAAGUUAUAGAUGCCAACUUACUAAUGAAUGUUGACGAAGAAUAUGCUGACAAAAUUAUCAAAUUCACAUCAUCCAUAUUGGAGUUAGCUUUCAAGUGCUCUUCAGAUUCCCCUAUGGAAAGGAUUAACAUGAAAGAAGCUCUUGUUGAGCUGCAGAAAAUCAAACAUCGAUUUUUGGAAUGAAGUCUAAAUGAUAGUUGGUUUCAGAGCCCUUGGCUACGGGCCUACCGUCUGCGCGACGUUGGUCUUGGUUGCAUGAGUUCACGUGGCUGUGUUGUAGCUGUGCGAUUGUUUGUUGGUACGACUUGGCAGGGGUGGUAGGGAUGACUUGCUCUACAAACAGCUGGUGCACUCGGGUUUGGGCUUCGAUAGGCCAGGUCUCUUUGGUGGGCUAAGUUGCGUCUCUUUCUUGGUUUGGCGCUUGUCUUUUAUCUCGUCCUUGUUGUCUUCAUCUAUGUAAUCGACGUGUACUCUUGUUCCUUUACUUGAUGUUUUUUCCGUUGAAUUUUCGUCUGUAAAAAUUUGAUGAGGGCUCUGCUUUGAUGGGUUUCUUUUGUUUUUUUUUUUUCUUUUUUUUUUUCUAAUAAAAUAGCUAUUU